AGAAAAAAAAAACUCCUCAAAGGACAAGACAAAAAGAGAGAGGCUGGUCUCAAGACAGAAGCAGAAGCUUGAAACAAGAGCUGAGAAAGAAAACUGAAGGUGCCUACUCCACCUUCUGCCUCUAACAGGACCAUGGUUAGUUGUAUUGAAAGCCAAAAUGCUACAUCUUCCAAGCCUCUGGCAGGCGCAUCGAUAGGCAUAGGGGUGCUGUCGCUUGCCUUCAUCUUGGGAUUCCCUGGCAAUGCCUUCGUGGUGUGGACGGCCAUCUGCUGGGUUCAGAAGCGGACAGUCACCUGCCUCCUCAUUCUUCAUUUAGCCAUCGCUGACCUGGCAGUGCUCCUCACAGCUCCCCUAUUCCUGCGAUUCUUAAGUGUCAAGAAAUGGGAAAUGGGCCAGGCCAUCUGCCAAAUCUGCUAUUACAUCUGUGGGGUCAGCAUGUACGCCAGCGUUUCCCUCAUUUCCCUCAUGAGCCUUGACCGCUGCCUGGCUAUUUCCAAACCUUUCGUCUCACAAAAAAUCCGUACCAGGCGCACCAUCCGGCUUUUGGUUUUGGCGAUUUGGGUGGUGAGUCUUUUCUUAGCUGCGCCUUCCCUCCUCUACCGGAAAGUGGUUACUCAUAACGGCACAGCUUACUGCAUAUUGUGUCACCAAGAAGACAAGGAGCUGGUCUUCCAUAACCUCUUUGAAACCAUCACUGGAUUUCUGCUGCCUUUUGUUAUUGUUGUCUAUAGCUACGGGAUGAUUAGUCAACGACUCAAGGAGACCCGUUUCCGCCAGAAACGCCGGACCAGCCGACUCAUUAGCCUCAUUGUGAUCGCCUUUGCUCUUUUCUGGCUUCCUUACCAUAUCGUCAACCUUUUAGAUGUGAUUGGUCUGUGGAGUGGCUCGUCAAAGAUUAAAAGAGCAGGGAAGAUGGCUAGGCCCAUUUUGGUGGCCCUUGCCUUUUUCAGUAGCAGUGUCAACCCUAUCCUUUACACUUUCAGUGGGAGCUCCUUAAUCCGAUCAUCUGGUAUUGGUUUCAUGGCUAAACUCUUUGAAGGAACAGCUUCAGAGAUGUCUAGCGUAAAACAUGGCACCAUCCGGGACCGGGAUGUCAAGACAGAACCCUUGAAUAAUGGGAAACCCGAGUCGUUAACUAUGUCUACUAACCCUACAGAUAGUAGUUCAGUUCAAGAAGGUGGAAAAGGCUUGAGGUUGCUCUCGUCAACUUGAGACUACACACAGGAGUGGACAUUCAUAUUUCUGUUGUCAGUUUUUUAAAGGUCUUCUGAAGUGCUAUAGAAAUGAUCUCUCUUACAUUCUUCUAUAUCUUCUUCAAUGAUGUUUUGUACAAGAUAGGCUGUUUCAUUUCUUUUUUGUUUCAUUCUGCAACAUGACUGCAAUUUUUGGAAUUUCAGGGAUAUGAAGGUUUUUUUUUUUUUGCCUUUCAUCAUACAAACAAUUUAAUAUUAUGCUUAGGAAGCAUUCCCAAGGAUUGUUGCAAGUACUGUGAAAACCUCUCUGAAGACGUGAAAAGAUGAAUCAAUGACUUUGGGUUCAUUAAAUGUUAACCUUUAGAGACCAUGAAACACCAAACUUGCAUACAGUCUGUCUCUACCCUAAUUCUAACAUAUAUACUUUGAAAAUCAGAGCAGGGUUCAUCCAAUUUCACUUUUAAACAAACAGAAACCCUCAGUUUCCUCUUUUUUCCAUUCUCAAGUCAAUUGACAAAACUUUUGUGGAAUGCUUCCCUCCCUGUUUUUAUACAUCAGUUUGCAAUUGUCUUGAGAGAAGAAAAAUGUGCUUAAUGCUUUGUUUACUGUUAAUAUUCCUUCUGGAAACCCUCCCUUUUUUCAUGUUCUAUACAUCUUUUAUACAUUCACAUACAUUUGAAAUUUGGGGUGCAUUCACUGUGCAACACCGCAGCAGAAUCUUAUAGUGGACUUCCAUAUACAAACCUUUUGUUUGCUUUUUGUGACUAUGAAUAAGAGGUUUGCUUAAGAGUAAUUGAAAUUUUUGAAGCGGAAAGGCAGGAGACAAACCAUUGCUGAACAGAUUAAUUUAGGCCACUAGAUCUACCCUCCUACCACUUCCUAAAUUACAGGUAAACUUACAACCACAAUUGGGACCAGAAUUUCAGUACCGUUGUAAUUUCAAAUGGUUGCUAUAGGAAUGGUUGUAAGUUGAGGACUACCUAUCAUGUCCUCAGGGAGGGGAGGAGGGAAUCCUGUCUCAUAAACAACCCUAAAACAUGAUGCAACUUGCUAGCUUAGUCUGCCAUCUUCUUCUUUGCUUGGCAGCAAGCUUUGGGGCAGCCCUGACACCCUGAAUAAAAAUAAUCAGCCCAUUUAGUCCUUCAGUGAUGCCUUUGGGAUUGGAUAGUAUACUGCUC